CUACCUGGCACACAUUUCGUUGCGACGCCUGCACUCCGGCCGCCUUCAAGCCCGCGGUAAGGCACCGGGCGCAGCGCCCAAGCGCGGGAAAACGCAUCCGGCUCAGCCCUAGCUCCUCAAAGCGCCUGCUAUGCAAACUUUGCAGAAUCUCUUGCAUUAGCGCAUCAGCAGCAGGGCUGCUGGGCGCAUGGCUGGGCUGGAGCAAGUCCGCGCUGCGGGCUCAAAGCGCCUGUGUACGCUUUCAGCUCUCUUCCAGCGCUUUUUUUCAUGCACAGAAUUCAGCUUUUGCCUUUGCACCCGCUUUGCAGCAACCGCAGCGCAGGCGCGGCCACGGCACUUGCAGGCGCGCUACUGGGUGCGCCUGGCUCCAAGCGCUGGCACUUAAGGCUGGCUUAGCAAAUUAAGGUAUUCAUAUGGAGCAGCUUUCCAGGGCAUUCCGCGCGGGUCAACCCACGGUCAAGCGGGAUGGGGCUUCUUUUCGUUUGCAGGCCAUUCUUUACUUGGGCCACGCGCGGCGUUCUAUAGCAAAAGCUUUCAGUGAGCUCAUACGCGCACACACAUACAUACAACUAGCUUUCCUCUCAAGCCCCAGAGCCUCGCCUAGCUAACUAUUUCCGACUUGCGUCUUCUUCCUCGCUUUUCCUAUCAAAGGCCCUCAACUUGCAGCAUCGGCUCACUGUGGCACUUGUUGCUUGUGGCGACAAGCAUCGAGUGGGCGGCACUGCAAGAGGCGCACACGCUUCCGACGGACGGAAACGCGCUCCUGGCUCUCCCGUGCUGUUUGCGGCGGCAAGGGCAGCCUAGCGGUAUGGAUUGCGACCUGCUGGAGCUGCAGCAGCACACUUUGCGAGCGAGGCUGCUCAAGGCCAAGGAGCGGCGGCACAUCGGCCACAGCAGCAACAUGCAGGACUGCAACAACCAGAAGUCCAGCGCCCGCAGUCUCCUGUCCAAGGGCGGCGAGCACAAGGCCGCGGCCAAACCCAUCAAACCGACCGGCGGUUUCCGUGCCAAGCUUCUGGCGGCGAAGCGCCGUGCCGCCUUUGGCGGUGGCGCCUCGACCACGGCUAAGGCUGGCCAUGUGCCCGCGCCCUCUCCUAGCAGCGGCGGCAGCGGGUCUGACGCGGACUGCAACAACCAGAAGUCCAGCGCCCGCAGUCUCCUGUCCAAGGGCGGCGAGCACAAGGCCGCGGCCAAACCCACCAAACCGACCGGCGGUUUCCGUGCCAAGCUUCUGGCGGCGAAGCGCCGUGCCGCCUUUGGCGGUGGCGCCUCGACUACGGCUAAGGCUGGCCAUGUGCCCGCGCCCUCUCCUAGCAGCGGCGGCAGCGGGUCUGACGCGGCCCCCGGCAGCGGUGGGGUCUCCAACGGCUCAUCGCGCCAGCAGGCGCCCUCGGCCAACACCAACACCAACACCAACUCGUACUCCACCAGCAGCAGGCACGCGCUGCCCGCCGCCACACAACCCACCCCCUGCGUGCCCAGUAUUCAGCCUGCUGCACCCCGGUCCAGUGCCGCCGCCGCCGCCACCACCGUCGCUGCUGCUACGGCUGCUGGCUCAUCAUCAGGAGCCCGCCGCAUGGAGGGCCGCUGCCGCCCCUACCGGCCGCCCAUGCGGGUGCAGGGCGACGAGGGCGGCAAGGCGGCCACCGCUGGCAGUGGCCCUGGCAGCAGCAGUGGCUCAGGCCUGAUGCUCCGCAGCUUGGUAGGGUGCCUGCUGCCCCACCUCGCCACUGCCGCCAUCCAGAAGACAGCGCACGUCGCGGCCGCCGUCGCCCGCCGGGUGAUGGCACCCGUCGCCGCCGCCGCCACCGCCGUGCCCUGCCGGGUGAUGGCACCCGUCGCCACUGCCGCCGCCGUGCCCUGCCGGGUGGUGGCACCCGUCGCCGCUGCCGCGGCCGACGCCGGCGCGGUGGCGCCCAAGCUCGUGGCCUUCCGGCCUCCGCCGCCGCCCAUCAUGCCAGUGCACCAGCACCAGCACCAGGACCAGCACCAGCAGGCGGGGCCGUGGUACGUGGCGCGGCCGGCGGUGCAACCGAUGAUGGGGCCGCCUGUGGUUCAGGCUACCGCUGGCGCCGCGGCCGUGGCGGCGCCGCGGCUGCUCGUGGGGGCUCCGGUCAAGCUCCUGAUGGCAACUCAGCUGCUUCAGCAGCAGCAGCACAUCCAGCUGGCCAACCGCGUGGCUUGCGUGCCGUACCCGCACCCGCACCCGGCGGUGCAGCCGCAGCCGGUCCUGGUGCACGGCGGCAUGCCGGCUCCGCGCCAGCCGCACCAGCAGCAAGACCAAAGCCUGCAGAUGCGGAUGCAGCGGCUGCAGCAGGCGAAGCAGAUGUGGCAAGCGCAGAAGAAGAAGGUGCAGGAGGCGGAGGCCCGGCAGCAGAGGAUCCAGGAGGCCAUUCAGGAGGAGGAGGACAUUGUUGUCGCCAACGUGCGCGAGCUCAUGCAGCGCUGCACCAGCGGCGCCUCCAAGCCCGUCGAGCUCAUCCGCCUCAAGCGGCACCUGGGCCAGGGCGCCUUCGGCUGCGUCGACUGCUGGGAGGUCACAGAGCGCCAGUCCCCCACCGCCUCCUCCGCGGCCUCCUCCUCUGGCCUGGCGGCGGCGGCGGCCUCCGGCACCGCCACUGCCACCAGCAGCAGCCGCACCUUUGAGGCGGCGGUGAAGACCUGCGCUCUGGACCUGAAGGGCCUGGCGGCGGGCGGCGCAACGCCGCAUUCUGUGGAGAUGCAUGCCAAGGAGGCGGCGGCGGUGCUGGCGGUUCAGGCGCUGGACUCGCGGCACCUGGUCAAGGUGCUGGGGGCCUACGUCGACGUGCUGACACCCGGGGAGGACGUGCCGCCCCGCGGCUGCGGCAUCGCCAACCUGCGCGUCGGGCGCAUAGUGAUGGAGGUGGCGCGGGAGUCGCUGACUGACGUGGUGACGGGCCACCGCGUGCUCGCGCACUGCGCCGUGGGCGGCGCCGCCGCCGCCUUUGACGCCGACUCGGAGGACACGUCCGGCUACCGGCUGCCCGAGACCGCGGUGCGCGUGGUGCUGGCCUCGGUGCUGCUGGGCCUGCGCGACCUGCACGGCCGCGCGCGGCUGGCGCACCGGGACCUGAAGCUGGACAACCUUCUGGUUGGCACGGACCGGCUUGUUAAGAUCACCGACUUCGGCCUGGUGACGCCUCUGGACAGCCAGGGCCGCCUGGUCUCGGAGGUCGGGGGGCGGCGGGGCACGAAGGGCUACCAAGCCCCUGAGACGCUGGCGCGCCGCACCUUCGCGGCCAACGAGCGCGACCUGCCCAGCUGGCCGGCCGCCAAGAGCGAUGUGUUCGCGGUGGGCGUGAUCGGCGCGGCGCUGGUGUGCGGCACCGAGUCGGGGCCGGAGAUGGAGGCCUUCCGGGGCAGUGGUGAGCUGCCGCCGCACCGGCACGCCUCGCCGGCGCUGCGGCAGCUGCUCAAGGGCAUGGCGGCGGCGGACCCGGCGCAGCGGCUGGGGGUGGAGGAGGCACUGGCGCACCCCGCGCUGCGCAGGGCGCUGAGCAGCGAGCGGGCGCGGCGCUUCAUCUGGUGAAGGCGGCAAGGCCAGAUCGCUCGGGCAUGAGGCGGGCUAUAUGCGGACAGUGCGUCAGUGAUGAGCGGCGGCUGUCAAAUGAAUAAAGGAGUGCGUACGUGUGUGUGCCAGAGCUUACUUGCUUGAGAGCUGGGUGUUUUUAAGUAUAAAGACACAGCAUGCGCAGUGUUGAGGACCGCACAGAGGUUCAUAGGACAUAGAUUGGCCUGAGGGAACGUUGAUUGGCCUCAGGGUAGAACCCUUAGCAAGCAAGCCGUGGAUGGCAGCAUGCAUAGUUGCGGCUGCUGAUCCUUGCUGCUUCCCCUUGAUUGAUUGAUGAUACGGUAGGCCUAGACAUUAGAAUGCCGCGUUGAUUGCUUGCCGGCUUGCCGCAAGAGGCAGAUAGAGACGAAUGGAUGCUUGGGCCGUGGCCCAAUGGCUCCAUGACGCUGUGUUCUGAAACUCAAGGGUACCACAUGUGCUGGCGCUUGCGUGUGCGUUGUCGGUCCUUCGAUCAACACGUCUUACUACGUACGAAAAUUCGGGCAACGGACUGCGGUAGGGCUACCUUUACUACCUUGAGCCCUAUUUUGACUCCUCUGCACGUAGUACGACGUGUUGAUCUAUUUCCGUCCUUUCCGCGUGAUUGCUGUAUCCCGGCGGACAUGACCCCAGCAGUUUGAGCACAGGUCUACCUGGCGUUGAGCUUGCUUGACAUGUCUUGUGUGACCGUUCGCAACUGAAUCCAUGUGUUCUGUCGGGUGUAUACGGUGCAAGCUUAGCUAUGUAGCCAUGGUUGUGCACGCCUGUGAUGAAGAGCCGCAAGCUGCUGGUCGUCUCCUAGGCGCGCAGCGGUAGGUGCGCACUGACCGCUCAGAGCGCUGACUCCUGGAACAUAUACAGCAGGUUCGUGCACAUGGUACGGUAACCCGCCUUGUAGUGCAAAGGGACACUCCA